AUGCGUCGCCUCGGGACUUUCCGAGCGGCCUAUCUAGUCGCCCUGAGCUGCAUCGGCUCAUUUCUCUUCGCCUACGACACAGGCAUCGUCGGGGGCGUCCUGACCCUGCCCUCGUUCCAAAAAGACAUGGGCAUCACCGCGGAAACACAGACCAACGUGAGCUCUCUUUCCGCGAGUCUGCUCCAAGCUGGAGCGUUUUUCUCGUGCUUCUUCGUCUGGCCCUUCACCGCACGCUACGGGCGCCGCCUGUCCAUUGUGCUCGCAGCCAUGAUCUUCAACGUCGGGGCGAUCCUCCAGCUCUUCCACGCCAACGGCGUCGCGACGUGGUACGCCGGCCGCGUCAUUGCAGGAAUCGGCAUCGGCUUCGCAACCGUAAUUGUCCCACUGUACACGGCGGAGAUGGCACCCAAGCAAAUCCGCGGCCAGCUCGGCAGCAUGUUCCAAUUUUUCUUCACCCUUGGUGUCAUGACUUCUUAUUGGGUAGACUACGGAGUAUCUACAGGUAUAGACUCGUCCACCAAGCAAUGGCGGAUCCCUGUGGGGUUGCAGCUUGUGCCUGGGGUGAUCCUCUGCGCGGGUAUGCUACUCGUCAAGGAGAGUACGAGGUGGCUGGCCAAGCGAGGGAGGCCCGAUGAUGCGCUUGAGUCGCUAAUAUGGGUCCGUGGUGGUGACAGUGCUGCCGUUCGAGAAGAGAUGGCAGAGAUCCUUGCUGGAAUUCAAGAAGAGGAGCGCAUCACAGAGGGCCUGACGUGGAAGGAGUUCUUGCUGCCUGCGAACCGCUUUCGCAUGUUCGUUUCCAUUACGAUCCAGAUCGGGGUACAACUGACCGGCAACACGUCUCUCGCAUACUUCUCACCACAAGUCUUCAGUGCCGUCGGCGCCGGUAACAAUGCCCUCUUUUUCAGCGGCUUCUUCGGCGUGGCCAAAGUUGUAUCAUGCCUCUUCUUUCUCGCUAUUUUGGUUGAGAGAAUUGGCCGCAGGGGCAGCCUGAUGGCCGGAUCUUUCAUCAUGGGUGCCUUGUUCUUAAUCGUUGCCCUCAUUACUGCGACCCAUCCCCCGAGCCCGGACGCGACUGGCAUCAGUAGCUACUCCAUCGCGUCUCUCACGAUGAUUUAUCUCGAAGCGAUGGUUUACAACAUGUCGUGGGGUCCCGUUCCUUGGCUGUAUAUGGCCGAAAUAUUCCCAACCCGGAUCCGUGAAGGUGGCGUUGCCAUCGGCACCGCGACGCAGUGGCUAUUCAACUUCGCCUUCUCCCAGAUAACGCCUCACGCCGUCAAUAAUCUGGGCUGGAAGACAUUCCUAAUGUUCUGCAUCUUCAACUGGGCGCUUGUCCUGUACACUUGGCUCUUUAUCAAAGAGACUAAAGGCAAGUCGCUUGAGGAGAUGGAGCUGGUGUUCAAUGCUAGGCACACUCAACUUGAUCUCAACGCUACUCACCGCAAGGCCAACGAGCACUUUGAACACAUCGAGGAGUUGGAGCUGGGAGACAAGACGGCUGUUCAAGAUAGCUAA